AUGAUUAGUCUGCAACGAUUGAUUAAGUUGGUUGAAGCUAAUCGUCUUAGAGAAGCUUUGGCUGGUGUUUCGUUCCUUGAGGUUCCAGAUAAGGUUAAAAGUUAUUCAAAUUACGGUGGAGAGUUGCUGCAUCUGUUGGUACGAUCAAACGUUGAACCUGGAAUAAUCUUGAAGAUUUGCUCUGAAUGGCAACAAAAAGGAAUCAAUAAAUUUGGUCUAUCUCAAGCGACUGAAGCUGCUCUCACCUUUUUAUCUUAUAAUCAGGCCAAAGAUUAUCUUGACCAGUUUGUUAAAAUGAGAGACGUAGCGAGGCCUCAUUUUUAUGCACCUUUAAUUGCAAAGACUUCGAGUUUUACAAGAAUUUGUUCAUUACUAGAGAAUGAUUUGAAACCGUUAAGCUCGCUUCAUCCAGAAAGUACUUUUGAAAUGUUUGCGGAUGUGAUAUGGAGAAAAGUUUACCCGUAUUAUGAUGAGUUUUUUUCACGCUGUGUUAUCAUUGGAUUAACUCCCAACUUUUUAAUCAACACAUGUAUAGCUCAUUAUCUUAAUUCUGGUGAUAUUACUCGUCUUGAACAGUUGCUGUCGACAAUGGGUUACAAUUUUCGAGCUGAUUAUAAACUAGUGCCUUAUCUUGUUACCUACACAAUCAAACAUGGAUUGGAUAAAGGCCUCCCUUUGAUUAAAAGGCUGGGUUCUCAAUCACUUAAUCAAGUUAUAUUCAACUCUUUCUUCUUGCUUAAUGCAAGUGGAGUCUUGACAGAUGAUGAUCAAGCUACCCUUGAAUCUGUUGUCAGAUACAUGAGAAAAAAAUAUUUGUACAUAACUCCAGUUGCUGGUGAAAUAUUGCUUUCCUCAUUUGAUGGUACAUCCUUGGCUUCGUCAAUUCGUAAUCUAGUGGACAGAAAAACCAAAUAUUCUGACGAGUCCAAUGCGUGGUAUACUUAUUCAUCUGCAACCUGUUCACCCAUUGAGGCCUACGAGACUCGUCUUAAAUUAAUAGAAAGAGAAACUAACCCAAAAUCUCGCGGAAUCAUUCGUAAACUCAUUCUUGUUUAUUGUAGUAUGAAUAAUCAACCAACAAAUGGUCCUAAUCAACUUGUUUGCCAAAGGGUUAAUCAACUUUUAGAUAAUUUAAACGAUAAAAAUAUUUCUCCAGCAAUGGCUUCUACAUUGAUGGCUUUCUUUGCAAUUAAUGAUGAUCUCGAAAAGGCUUUAUUUUACAAAAAUCUAAUCCCAGAUGGAUUUACUACAGAUUUGAGUAAAAUCCUUCAUUUGGCUAUUAAAAUGGUUUCAAGUGGACUUUUAAAUGACUCAGUUGAUAUGAUAUUGCUAGAGAUUUACAAAUCAACCAUUAAACCGACAAGACCCGACUUCGCGUCUUACACUACAAACUCUUUGGUUCGCGAUUAUCUAGAGCUGAUUGGAGAGGAAACUAAAGAUAUCAAGUUGGUAAAAGAUCUGUGCAACUCUUUCUUGUCAAACCAAAAGAUUAAACCAAAUAACAAAUCACUUCGACCUCGAGUGACCAUCCAUUUAACCUGCAACGAUGUUCGAGGAGCUUUGGAUGAGUUUUAUCAUUGUCUUCAUACCUUCCGACUAACUCCAGGCCAAAAUAUUUUGCUCGAUUAUUUAAUCGACAAAAAAAUGUUCAAUCAACUCGAGUCAUUGCUUGAUUCAGUGUGUAAAUAUUUUGAUAAGACUGAUAUCGUCUUCAACUGUGUUCAUCGUCUUGUGGUCAAGGGUUAUCCUGAAUCGGGCCAAAAUUUAAUCACCAAAAUGAAGUUGUAUGAAGACAAACAAUCAAUCAGGACUCUAAUUGUUCAUAAUAUAGCCAAACAAAAUAUUCAAGAGAGUUUAUCGUUGGUACAGUUUUAUGGGAGCAAAUUUGAUUUGGAAGAAAAAGCACAUUUUUACAAUCGAAUUUACAGUUUGUCUUCAGAGAGCAAAGAUUUAAACUCUGUAGACAAAAUCAUAAAUUUAAUGAAAAGAGAAAAAAUUGAGCCAUUCAUGAAUGAUAACAUUAGUACAAAAGAAAAGGAAAAUAAUUGA